AUGGAAGAUAUUUUCCAUUGGUGUCGUGAAGGAAACUCGAUCCAGGUGCGUCUGUGGCUGGACGACACGGAACAUGAUAUGAAUUUGGGUGAUGAUCAUGGGUUUAGCCCAUUGCACUGGUGCGCCAAGGAAGGACAUACCAAGCUGGUGGAGAUGUUGCUGCACCGUGGCGCACGGGUUAAUGCAACAAACAUGGGCGACGAUAUACCUCUUCACCUGGCAUCUGCCCAUGGCCAUUAUGAUAUUGUGCAGCUGCUUAUACGCCAUCGAUCGGAUGUGAAUGCGGCGAAUGAGCACGGAAACACGCCACUGCAUUAUGCAUGCUUCUGGGGCUAUCAAGCCAUUGCGGAGGAGUUGGUUAAUAAUGGUGCAUUGAUUUCGUUAGCCAACAAGGACGGUGACACACCGUUGGAUAAGGCGAAAACGUUACUAGCUACACGUUUACACAAUCUGGCGGUUGAAAGUGGACAGGAGCUGAAGAAAAUUAGCUUCAAGGAUCAGGGCUGGUCGGGCAUGAAGACGCGCUCCCGCGAUGCCACACUGUCUCGUUUCAAGGGCAUCAACAUCCAGGAGCUGACACUUCACAACAAGGUCGCGAUAACGCCCGGCGGUGAAACAUGGCGUGGCCGCUGGCAGAACAACGAAAUCAUUGCAAAGAUUCUGGCGAUACGCGAGUGUACCGCGCGUGUGGCGCGCGAUUUCAACGAAGAGUUUCCGAAGCUACGAAUUUUCUCCCAUCCCAACAUUUUGCCCGUCCUCGGUGCGUGCAAUGCACCGUCGAAUCUGAUCGUUAUCAGCCAGUACAUGCCACGCGGUUCACUGUACGAUUUGCUACACGGUACGGCCGGAAUCGUGGUCGACACGGCACAAGCUGUCCGAUUUGCGCUCGAUAUUGCACGCGGUAUGGCGUACCUGCACUCGCUCGAACGCAUCAUCCCGGAGUAUCAUCUGAACAGCUUCCACGUUAUGAUCGACGAUGAUCUUACCGCGCGUAUCAACAUGGCAGACGCAAAGUUCUCGUUCCAGGAGCGAGGCCGCGUUUAUCAGCCCGCCUGGAUGAGCCCGGAAAUGUUGCAGAAAAAGCGCAGCGAACGCAACUGGGAGGCGGCCGAUAUGUGGAGCUUUGCAAUCUGCAUCUGGGAGCUGGCAACGCGUGAAAUCCCGUUCGCCGAUCUGACCCCGAUGGAGGCGGGUAUGAGGAUCGCUACGGAGGGUUUGCGGGUAACGAUCCCGCCCGGUACUUCGCCCCAUCUGGCGAAGCUAAUCAAAAUCUGCAUGAAUGAGGACCCGGGCAAGCGCCCAACGUUCGAUAUGAUCAUACCAAUACUCGACAAAAUGAAGCGUUAA